CACCGCACUGGCAUCACGGUUAAGACGCAAACUGCUUCGUCAAAUGCAGCUCAAACCGUGACGGAUAUCUUCUUCCGCACAGCUGUCAAAAGCACAAAAAAAAAGAACAAAAAUCAGAAUGUUCAUUUCGACCUGGUGAUCCGUCCAGCGAAGUCACGUGGGUGAACACCCGCAGCAGAACGGCAGAACUGCAGACAAUAAGAGUGCGAAACAAAAGUCGGAUCAGGAAGAACACUGGCAAUACACACGAGAAAGUGGAAAAGACGCUAAGCACAGUACCAGACCCCGGAAGGGGUGUGUUUUUUGAAUUCAAAGUCCAGAGUGUCACUACUACGCCGUGGUCAUCAAUUCUCGACUUGGUGGCCCAGGCAUCUGACAGCACCACUUCAACGUGAUUCGGUUACAUCAUCGUUUCCGCGUCAUCGGGUCCGUAUCAUUCGGCAGCAGCUCCAGUGCUACAUCGUUCCAUGGUCUGGCUGUUCCGACAUCGAUCACCCACGCUACUAUUGGUCAACGGCGAUCCGCAGCGCCGUGACGCUCAUACUACUGUUUAUUUUCUACACUCAAGGCAUCGUUUGACGUCCACGUGUUUUGGCUCUUCAGUUCUAGCACCAUCUUGAACGGCUGUGGUACGACUCAUUCGGCAUUGGCAAGUGCAUGAAAUAGGUGUGCUUUUUCUCAUUAAGCUUGGUGGACAAACAAACAUUUGCAGUAGGAAUCGCGCUUCCGCGCGAUCGUGAAUUCAAUUCAUUCAGGCAGUUGGACAUCAGACUCCAGCCAGCUAGACAUUGGUGGAACAGGAGGAAGUCUUCCGAACAGCAUGAAUUUGAAAGGGUAACUCCGGUACCCCAGGUUUUCCUCGAAAGCCACCUCGUCUCUUCAUUCAUUCAUUCAUUCAGUGGGUGCGGUUCGGAGAGUGGCGGAUCCAUACUGUGAAGAAACAGAUCUUCGGCCGCCUGCAACCGUGGUGGCGACUGGCUCCUCAGUCAGUAUCACUUGGGCAGUGCUACGGUGAAGAAGUGCUCCUCGGUAUCGCGUGUGUGCUCUUCGACAGUGGCGAAGCAUAGCCAAGUGUUUGCCAAGCAAAGAGAGAGUGUGGUCAACUCCCACCAAGCCAAACCUCGGUGGAUCGGUGGUAAAUAAGAUCUAGUGUGCGGGAAAGUGCGUUCCGAAUUGUCCGGAUACAACAAACGGGUACAAAUUUGCUGCAAGGCGAAAAAAAAUGAGGGUUGGUCGGUUAUUUCGGGCGCACGGUGAGUUUUGUGCAUCGCAUCCAUGGGAAGUGAUAGUGGCCCUGGUGACAUUGACGGCAUGCAUAAUAACGUUCGACAAAGGAAGUGCGGAUCCGUUCCAGCAAAAUGUCCGCUCGAGUGCUGGUAGACCUUGUCCCAGCUGGCGGCUCGGCUCAGUAGGGUCGGGUAGUGUUUUUCGCUGUGAUGACUUGGAACAGAACGGCAUCGAUGUGAUACUGAUGACAAUCGUGCGAUGCUCGGCGAUUCUCUACUGCUACUACCAUUUCUGCAACCUCCAAAAGCUGGGUUCCAAGUAUAUUCUAGGCAUUGCCGGACUAUUUACGGUUUUCUCUAGCUUCAUAUUCACAUCGACGGUGAUCAACUUCCUGGGCAGCGAAGUCUCCGAUCUCAAGGACGCUUUGUUCUUUUUCCUACUUCUGAUCGAUCUAUCCAAGGCUGGUAUACUGGCUCAACUGGCUCUGUGCGGCUCGAGCCAAUUGGAAGUCACUACGAACAUUGCCCGAGGUAUGGAAAUUCUGGGACCUGCAAUUUCGCUGGAUACUCUGGUUGAAACGUUGGUCAUAGGAGUUGGAACGUUGUCGGGUGUGCAACGGUUAGAGCUGUUGAGCGGAUUUGCUGUACUUUCGGCCAUUGUCAACUACAUCGUGUUCAUGACGUUCUAUCCGGCCUGUCUGUCUCUCAUACUGGAUCUGUCACGAAAUGCAGGCAAUUUAAUCCAGAAAAACAAGAAGGAAAAUUUGCUGGCUCGCGUACUAACCGAAGAAGAUCAGAAACCGAAUCCUGUGGUGCAACGAGUGAAGCUGAUCAUGUCCAGCGGACUGAUGAUCGUACAUGUGCUCAGUCGGUUAACCAUAUCUGAGAAGGAUUCGGAUACAGCGGAACAAAUCAUUGCAUCUCACAGUCACGAACAUCUAGCGGCACUGAACAAGACUGAAACAAACGAAAUUUCCGAAUUUAUUAUAAGGUGGCUCUCGAUCAGCACCGAGCAGAUCGUGACGUACAUCCUGAUCAUCGCGUUGGGCGUCAAGUUUGUCUUUUUCGACCGUCACAAUCUGUCCGACCAGAUUCUACUAUCGGUGGCGAACGAGGCGGCCGCUGCAGCCGCCAGACGGCAGAAACAGCUUGCCCUGAGUGCCGAAGUACAACAAUUGGAAGCCCAAACCAGCGCCAUCAGACAGCAAGAGAAGCAACCCGUUGCCACCUUUACUCUGGCGGAAAUAGUUCCGGUAGCUGAGAAGGCUACCCAGAGUGAACUUAGUUUAAUGUCAGGUAGACGCCUCAGAACGAAAAGCAUGGGAGCGGACGACGAGCUGGAUUUAGAUGAUUUGGAUGAUGAGUUGGUAGAGCAGGAACCACGGCCUCUGGAGAUGUGUUUGAAUAUUUUGAACAAAUCCGAGGAGGGAGCGGCUGAUUUGACUGACGAGGAAAUCAAAAUGAUCGUUAGAGCUGGCAAUGGACAUUGUCCAUUGUACAAGAUUGAAAGCAUUAUCGGCGAUGCUGAACGUGGCGUAAAAAUUAGACGAGAUUUAAUCCAGAAAGAAGCCAAUCUGCCAGUGAAUGCCUUUAAGCAUUUAUCCUACAAAAAUUAUGACUAUUCUAAAGUCAUGAAUGUUUGCUGUGAGAAUGUGCUUGGUUACGUUCAGAUUCCGGUAGGCUACGCAGGUCCACUUACACUAGAUGGGGCUCGUUUUUAUGUACCGAUGGCUACGACGGAAGGAGCUUUGGUUGCAAGUACCAAUCGUGGUUGUAAAGCUAUAUCAUGUCGCGGCGUAACCAGCUUCGUUGAAGAUAUUGGCAUGACACGUGCUCCGUGUGUUAAGUUCCCUAACGUUCUCCGAGCAGCUCAAGCUAAACGAUGGAUUGAGACUGCAGAAAAUUUCGCAACGAUCAAAAAGGCCUUUGACUCUACAAGCAGAUUUGCACGUUUGCAAGAGUGUCAUAUAGCCAUGGAUGGGCCCGUAUUGUAUACUCGUUUCCGGGCACUCACUGGUGACGCCAUGGGAAUGAAUAUGGUUUCGAAAGGAUCGGAGAUGGCUCUGCGGGAAGUGCAACGUGCGUUCCCUGAUAUGCAAAUUAUUUCGCUGAGUGGCAAUUUCUGUUCGGAUAAAAAACCGGCUGCUAUCAAUUGGAUCAAGGGACGUGGAAAGCGAGUUGUCUGCGAAACAAUAGUGCCGGCAGAUAAACUGCGCAGCAUUUUAAAAACUAACUCCCGCACACUGGUACAGUGCAAUAGACUGAAAAACAUGACUGGAUCGGCGGUAGCCGGCAGUAUUGGAGGAAACAACGCACAUGCCGCCAAUAUGGUAACAGCGAUCUACAUUGCCACCGGACAAGAUCCAGCCCAGAAUGUGACAAGUAGCAAUUGUUCGACCAAUAUGGAAUGUUGGGGAGAAAACGGCGAUGACUUGUACAUGACCUGUACGAUGCCGUCACUGGAGGUCGGAACGGUAGGCGGAGGAACGGGACUACCCGGUCAGGGAACUUGCUUGGAUAUGCUUGGCGUGAGAGGGGCACACCCUACGCAUCCGGCCGAGAAUUCCAAACAAUUGGCUCGCGUUAUCUGCGCUACGGUAAUGGCCGGAGAGUUAAGUUUAAUGGCUGCUUUAGUAAAUAGUGAUCUAGUCAAAAGUCACAUGCGACACAAUAGAUCUUCGGUAGCCAUGAACCCCGGAUUAACAGCUGUACCGUUCACCACUAGCAGCAGCAGCAACAGCCUUAGUACAAACACAACGUCUGCUGUUAUGCACUGAUAUUUACCACAUGCUGGAACUACCUCAGAAAUGCGAAAGAGAUAUCCGGACAAAGUCUAGAUUCUCCUUGAUUAUAUGGUCGCAGUGCGCAUUACCGAAUGAAACAAAGUGGAUGAUUUUUAUUCUGGAUAGCAGAAAACUGGGGUGUGCAAGAGAAUAGUAAUGUUCGGAAACGUAGAAAAUAAAUUAUUGAAUGUAGCAUAAGUUUUUAAAUGAAGUGAGGCGCCUAGUGGAGUGAAGAACGUUUAGAAGUAAAAGAAAUAGCGAUUAUUCUGUACAUAUUAUACUUCGGCUAUAUGCUGAAAGCAAAGGACAAACUUAAUUUUUUUUAAAAACAAGAAUAAGUAAUCUAGCAAUUUUAAUACGAAGCGACAGUUGGUAGAAUGAUUGAUGUACUAUCGAACUCACUAGUUGAUUUUUCUGAUUUUCUCAUGUAGCUUGACAAUUUUAUUCUAAAUUACUCGGAUGACUUUUGAACAAUGUAGUUCGAUGUGAUUUAAAAUGAGGUGGUGGCUCGUAAUGUCACUCUGUCACUUGUUCUGUAUCGAAGAAUGAAAACGAUAAAAGAUAGAAGAACUCCAGAACAACAUUUCCAACAUGGCCCGCAUUCGUCUGUUUUGCGAAAUAUGAAAUGGUGAGGUUCCGAAACUAAUUUCAAAUUUUUGAUAACUUUGUUUGGCCAGUGUAUGAAUUGAACGACGAUUCUUAGAGAAUGAUAAGAUAAUUGUUUUGCAGGGGCAUUUGACUUAACAGAAUCACUUACAAGUAAGCUAUUUAUAACUUUACUAAAACGAAUACUUGGUGCUAACUGAACAGAGUAAGAAUAAAUAAUUAAAAAAA